AUGUCCGUUUUUUCACCAGUAAGUUGGUUUAGUUGAUUAGAUAAACUUAGAAACGAUUGAUAUUAAGAAAUCACGCCAGGCUUAGAUCUUUUGUUCAUAUUCUACUGCUUAAAACAAGGUUCGCGAGAGACUCAAGAACCCCUCGGCACAUUUUUAUCAAGUUGGUCCUACGGGGCUCAAAUUUCGCAUACUGAGUACACUAACAAAAUAAAAAUUUUUGGCACAUAUUUUUUCCAGAUUCGGCUUACUGUACUUUUACUUAAAAUUUUGUAUCGCAAAACCCAGACGUCCAGGGAGUCGGGAGCGGUUCGGAUGUAUCGUCAUUCUAAGCAAGUUACUUGAUGACAACUUUUUUCUAAACUUUUGCACAAGGCCAGAAAAAAUUGAUUUUGAAUCCGAAGUUACAGUAAUCCAGAUUUCUCGACAUUAGAGCUCUAAUAGUUAGGCGUUCUUAAACGAGUCUGGCUAGUAUCACCCUAUCCCAACCGUAGCAGGGUAAGACUACUGUCAAACCAAGAGGCAUCGAACUCGCAGCUCGCGCGUUGUUGCAUUACUUUGAAUUUGAAGAAGAGCCAUUUUGAGUGGUCAUUUUGCAGUGCCAUAAAAUAAGUUUAGAACUCGAAUGACAUAACGCUAAUACAUAACGUUUUUUAAUAAAAAAGGCCAGGACUCCUUCAAUUUAUCGAAUUUUUAAAGGGCUGUGCUCUCGGGAAAAUUACCACCACAGAGUAUUACUCCUCCGAAUAUGUUUACAUGAGAGAUAGAAAGGAUUCGGGCUGCAGGCAAAACAAAAUCUAGAAUAUCCGCUUAUGUCGGUAUACCUGUUUGGCCCAAUAGAAAAAAUUAUCGUAGGAAAUUGUCAAACAGUCCAAAUAGACUUUGCCUAAAAAAUCCUCGUAUCUCGGCCAGGCGACCGUUCAGAGACGUGGUUAUAGUCUUGUUGUAACCACAAUAAACAGCAGUUAUUUGGAUCAAAUAAGAACUUUUUUGGUUAUGCAAAAUUUUGGAAAAACUAAGUAACUGUAAAAAAUUUUACUAAAAGCUGUGUUUUUUCAAACUCAAAUGGACUUUUAACCGUUGUGCUCAGUAUGAUGUCAAGAAUCCAAUAAAACAAGCCCCAAGCUUCAACGCAUACUGACAACUGCGUUGCAGAGAGCGGUAAAAUAACAGUACGCCUACAGUAAGCCAAAUCUCGAAAAAAUAAAAGUGCCAGAAAUUUUUAUUUUGUUAGUGUACUCAGUAUGCGAAAUUUGAGCCUCGAAACAUCCAAAAAAACCAUUUUUUUUUGACGAUUCCCUUCCCUAUCAAACGUAUAAAAAUGGUAAACUAUUUUUUGGUAUAUUAGGGUUUGAUCUUUCUCAUCAAAUUCUUAUUAUAGUACGCACUUCAAGCUAGCUCAUUUCCUGAACCGUUUAGACGUUCCGUCCACACACUAUCGAUUGAAAGGGAUUUUAGGUACCAAAAUUCUUUCGGAAGAUUUUUUAAAAUUUUUGGAAGAUAAAAUUGGUCUUGAAUAAUUAAGAAAGGUUUAGAACGUCACUUCGGACCAGAAAGAAAAGAUUUUGCCCGGUUAGACAAGAAAAAAAUUUCUCCAAAACUCUAUUUGUGACGAAACGAAACGUCACAAAUAGACAUGUAAACGUUUUAGAACUUGAGAAACUGCAACUAUCAGUCUGUCGGGUUAAUCGCUUUGCGACGGCAAGCCGAAGCUGUGGAUUUGGUGUGCGACUGCAUCCUUUUUUCAACGAGGCGAGACAUUUCGCUGCGACGACUCGCCGUUAUUUUCCCGACAGACUGAUACAACAACAUCAAUUAAUUUUCCCGGUGCGAAAACAACGAAUGCCAACGGGUUGGCAUUGUAAUAUAGACGGGUCGGGCGGAAAAAACCCGGCUUCGUUGAAAUUGGACAGAAAUAAUUUGGACAGAGCGCGGAAAUUGGACAGGGUGAAAUUGGACAGAAUUUUUUUCGCUGCAAUCGUACGAAAUGUCACUAUUGAAUCAUCAAAUAAUUAUUUUUUUGCAGUGAAAAAAAUCUGUCGAGUUUCACUCUGUCCAAUUUCCACGAAGCCAAAAACCCCAUGCCCGCGGCCCGGCCCGUCUAAGGACAGGCCCGGCCCGUUUGUCAGAUUUCCGUUUUGAUCCCGGCCCGGCCCACUGACCACCCCUGGCUGUGGCCAAAACAAAGAGAAUGGCUUGGCCCGAGCUCGGCCCGAGUCAACUAUGCUUUUCUCAAUAAUUUUUUAUUUUUGUGGAAAAGAUUAUGUGACGGAAUUUUCGGAACUAUCGGUUAUGUUUUGUUCGGUGAAUCAGCUUGUACGAAGUUAUUUUUUUGAAUAAUUUUGUUUAUGUUUUGAGGGCGGAAAAUUGAUUUGAGAUUCGGGUUUCCAGGCCUCACGCGUGGAGGCUGGCCGCUUUUCCGCCUUAGGGUCUGUGUUUUUCUUAGUUGUUGUCUCUCCUUUCAUUUAAGACUUACAUUCUCCGUUUCCGAAUUGCGACGAUUAUCUAAAAUGAUCUUUUAGGUAAAUUCCUUAUCUGAUUGUAUUCCGAAUUCUGAAUCUUUAUUUUUCCUCUUUUCAGAGUCUCGGGGAUCUGGUGCAUCAUCAAGUCCGCCAAGAUUUUCGACCACGGGCGUUGAGAAACAAGUGGAUCGGCCGUUCGAAUCGACUUCUGAUGAAGUUAGGAAAUCGAUCGAAUCAUUCUGGGAGUGUCUCAUCGGAUGAUCGGGGCUUUCUACCUGAGUCCAAUGAGGCCACCACAACAGAAAAGGCGGGUUGGCUUCAAAAAUGGACCAAUUACAUAAAGGGAUAUCGACAACGAUGGUUCGUACUCGAUUCGGAAGGGACGUUGAGCUAUUACAGGUAGGUGAAGAGGCCUUGUUCGUUUAUUGCUCUUGGUUAACAGGUGAAUAGUUUUUUUUUUAUUUCUCUUCUGACCUUAACUAGAAUUAUAUUGCGUUAUUUGUAUUCAAUAUAGAAUUGCCUGCCUUUAAGGAAGUGCAAGCGUUCUUCAAAAAAAUCGCUGCGGUCGCGUGAAAAAACGAGGGAAUGUAAUAGAGACGAGGCAGCUACCAACUCUUUUUUUGUUUCACUCCGCACUUUAUAACCACUCCUAAGCAGGAUUGUCUUAGACCACGCGUCAUUUGAUAAGCAUAGUCAUGUCUUGGAAGAAACGACUCCGGAAGACUCUAAAGACUGUCAACUGUUACCCUAAGGGCCGUUCUAUCAGGUGCGGGUAUCUCUCACGUUCUUCUUACCUGUUCUUUUCAGAAAUCAAGCGGAGGUCGGAGUGGCUUGUCGAGGAAGCGUUAAUCUGAAGGAGAGCCGGAUUCACUCGGACCCUGCUUCGAAUAGUAUCGUAAGCGUUAUCUGAAUUCUGGUUUAUUGAUUUAGACAAUCAGCGGAACUUCCCAAAGUUUUCAUCUAAAGGCUAACAAUGAGAUUGAUAGGAAUAAUUGGCUAAACGCUCUCGAGUACGCUCGCCACAGGGCAUGCAAGAAGGCCGAUUUGGACGACGAGGAUUGUAAUAACGCCACUACGGAAGAAGAUAUGGACAAAAUGGUCGAGGAUAUAAAAAGUUCAUUGAAUCUAAAACUGGAGGAAGUUCGAAAGUCGGAGGAUAGUUUGAGUAGGUAAAUUUGUGAAUCGGAAUGGUUAUUUGCUAAAUUUUUAGGCAAAUCCUACAAUGAUUUACAUCAUGUUUUAUCUGGUUAUGAAAACAAAAAAGUGCAGGCUCAUAUGAUCAAUUUAAAAGAACAAAUGGAGGCUUUGAUGAAGGUGUGUUAGUGUUAUUGGAGACUUAGUUUCUUGUUUAGAGCCUUGAAGAUUUGGUGGAAUUAAAUAAGAAGGGAACUCAAGAUUUAUAUCGUCUCUUCACGAACGAACGUGAUCAGCGGUGUCUCUUACAGGAACAGAUAGAAACCUUGGCCAAGCAGCACAGUAAUUUGGAGAACGCCGCAUUUUUGAAUCCAUCUUCCUCAAAUCUACAGCAGAAAUCUCGUAAGUUUUGAGCAGAAAGGAUAUUACCUAUCCUAUUAUGUUUUGAGCAGAAACGAUAUUACUUAUCCUAAAUAUUUUUUAUGCUUUGAGCAGAAACGGUUUCACUUAUCUGAAAAAUUGAAGUUUUACACUUUUUAGCGUAUGAUGACAGUGAUGACGAGAUAUUUCACGAUGCACCCGAGGAACCAGACUUCGAGGUAACUAUGAAUGAUGAUUUUGAGGACAAUGGAGAAGUUCAGAACAGUGAUAUUUCCUCGGGGAUCAGUAAUGUAUUAGAAGAUACCGACACCGCCAGUCAUUCUUCCUCUCAAUUCUCCCGGAAAGUUCCCUCUUCUGGUAUUGUAAGUUUCUGAAAACUGGUUAAGAAAAUUACAGUCGAGUGACAAGAAUUACAUUCUAAACGGGGCUCAAAGUUUUCUAUUUUUGAUGGGAGUUGUGUUUAAAAUGAUCUAUUUAUCAUGAUCGGAGUAUUACCUUAUAGGGAAGUCGAAUAUUUAUUGAAAAGAUUUGGAAGGGGGCUCUCUCCUCGUGCACUGUCUCGUUGCAGGCCCCCUCUCUCAAUCAGGGCUUUUAACUCUUUUUGGAAUCACGGCGGGAAAGCAUUCUCCAUGUAGGACUGUUAUGAGCAAAUUCGCUUUCUUUUUUGCGCAAUUUUAUUUUUUAUUUUUUCGAACGGAGUAAAUGUUAUGUUAAGCGGUGUAAUAUUCAGGCGUCAAUGACAAAUGAGGACGGUGCAGUUACUCCGUUUUCGUUCCCUAAAUCCUCCAAAAGACGGCGAUCCACCAUUCCAACGAGACCUCAAUGUUCCGUGAAUCUUUGGUCGAUUAUGAAGAACUGUAUCGGGAAAGAACUUACGAAAAUCCCCAUGCCCGUAAGCUGAAAGAGAUAUUGAAUAUGCUCUUCUUAGGUCAAUUUUAACGAACCGCUGUCAGUUCUUCAAAGGAUCACAGAGGAUCUUGAAUAUGCCGAUCUCUUAGACGCUGCAGCCAAGUGCAAGGACCCUGCUGAACAGAUGUGUUACAUUGCUGCUUAUGCCAUCAGCUGUUAUUCUACUACAGGGAAUAGAACGACCAAGCCUUUUAAUCCCUUGUUGGGAGAGACUUUCGAAUGUGAUCGAACGGCCGAUCGAGGCUGGUGGUCCUUAACAGAGCAGGUCAGACUAUUUUGCUUUAUGGAUCUGACUUCUAUAGUUUGUGAAGUACAAAGGCGGCCAAAAGUAUUAACCGGCCGACUUUUUUCGUUUAGCUACCCCUGUUUUGCCAAUUACCCUGGAAUUUGACAUGACUGCCGGUAAUACUUUUGGCAUUUGACAUUAUAUACCAAGCCUACACAUGAUUUCUAAGCCAAAACUAAUACAUUUUGUACGGUCUUUCGAAAGCGCAUACAAAAAUCAACCAAAGUCUCGUGUUAAAGGCUCACGGGCAAUUCACACCAUUCCCUUGUCAGAACCGAGGAUUGGCAAAACUAUAAAACGACUACCAGAAACGUUUUUAGGUGUUAGGAGAUCAACGGAAACUAUUUCAAUCCGCCAGUGUUACUGUAACAUAGCAAACCGGCGCUUCGGCCGUGUAUGACCCAUUUUAAAAAGGAGUCAUAUAUGCCCUAAAGGAAAUUGGACAGCUAUUUUUUUCCGUUGUACACUAUUUUUACUGCCCUUUCAAAUGAUAUAGGUUUCGUUAUGAAACGUCUUGACAAGUAUUUGCCGAUUCCUGUGAGGCGUCCCUUAGAAAUAAAAAUCCAGAGUUCACCCUCGAGUUUCGUCAGAUAAAGAAAAUAAGAGCGCCUAGAGUUAUACGAGAAUGUUGGUGGUGGGCAAUGUUUUCUAAUCAGUAACAAAAAUUGCGGUUUCAUUUAAAAAAUGCGUUUUGUAAAACACCACUGAAAAGCACGGUAUUGGGGUUUUCCUUAUGAUGACACCGUCUAAUUCAACCAAAGUUGGCAGAUCCCUAUAAGCGCAUCACUUUCUCGGCUAAUUCUGUAAAACAAAGCAAAUUUACAAGGUGAAAAUACUUUCAAGUGGAACAGGUGGGCUUGGUAUAUAAUGCCAAAAUGGAGGAAACUAACGUCUUAUUGCACGCCCACUCUACUGUAGUCAUUUGAUUGCAGGUCUCACAUCACCCUCCAGCCACAGCUCAUCAUGCUGAAGGUCGCGAAUGGGUAAUGUUCCAGGACUUUAACAUGACCUCCAGAUUCCGGGGAAAAUAUUUAUCAGUAACACCGACUGGGUUCACACAUAUCAAGUUCAAGAAUUCUAAUAAUCAUUACACUUACCGGAAGAUUACGACCACCGUGCAUAACAUUAUAGUUGGAAAGUUGUGGAUCGAUAACCAUGGAGAAAUGGUGAUUGAGAACCAUAAUACGAAGGAUAAGGGCGUCAUUAAGUUCCAUGCCUACAGUUAUUUCUCUCCGGAUAAAGCAAGAAAAGUGAGCGGAAUCAUUAAGGAUGCGUCCGGAAACCCUCGCUUUGUGGUCCAAGGACAUUGGGACAAGCACAUUGAUCUGGCCAAGGUGACCAAGAGUGAUAAGAACAGCCUCGGAACGGGAUGUUCUCAGAGAUUGUGGACGGUGAAUCCUCCAUAGUACGUUAUUAUUGGUGUUUUGAAGUAUUUUUUAGUCCGAAUAGUGAGAAUAUGCACAAUUUCACUCAAUUGGCGAUAGAAUUGAAUGAACCAGAGGAAGGUGUCGCCCCCACCGAUUCCCGAUUAAGACCUGAUCAACGACUUAUGGAAGACGGGAAAUGGGACGAAGCCAACGAGGAAAAGGAAAAAUUGGAGGAGAAACAAAGGGUCAAGAGGAAGAUCAGGGAACAGGAAGCGGAACAAGCCAUGCGGGAAGGUAGGGAAAGGAGGAACUGUAACAAUAAUUUUUGUUUCCUUGGCUCAUGAGCAUGAUUUUAGGAAAGGCGUAUCCUGAAUAUGAACCGUCAUGGUUUGAAAAGACGCAGGAUGAAUGUACGGGUUCUGUUAUCCAUGUAUACAAGAAUCAAUACUGGUCAUGUAAAGAAAAACAAGACUGGUCAAAAUGCGUUCAGAUCUUCUAG